AUGGCCGAGGUGCAGAGUGAGAUCGAGCGUAUCUUCGAGCUGGCGCGCUCGCUGCAGUUGGUGGUGUUGGACGCGGACACCAUCAACCACCCCGCCCAGCUGCUGAAGACCUCGCUGGCCCCCAUCAUCGUCCACGUCAAGGUGUCCUCGCCCAAGGUGCUGCAGCGGCUGGUGAAGUCUCGGGGGAAGUCUCAGAGCAAACACCUCAACGUGCAGCUGGUGGCAGCCGACAAGCUGACCCAGUGCCCGCCGGAGAUGUUUGACAUCAUCCUGGACGAGAACCAGCUGGAGGACGCCUGCGAGCACCUGGCAGAGUACCUGGAGGCGUACUGGAAGGCCACGCACACCUCGCUGGCCACGCCCCUCAACCCCCUGCUGGGCCGCCCCCUGGGGCCCGCCGCGCUCACGCCCUACCCCACCUCCAUCUCCGGCCUGCAGAACGGGGGCGGGGGGGGCGGUGGCGACAACUCCACCCCCAACGAGCGGCGCAAUCUGAUGACGUCGGACGAGAACUACCACAACGAGCGCGCGCACAAGGGCCGCAACCGCGUCUCCUCGGGCUCCCAGCACAGCCGCGACCAGCAGGACCAGUACCCGCAGGACCAGUACCAUCAGGACCAGUACCAGCAGGACCAGUACCACCACCAGGACCCCUACCAGGACUCCUACAAGCCCCACCGCAACCGCACCUCCCCGGGGGGCUGCAGCCAGGACUCCCGCCACCGCCUCUGA